CUCACAUCCGUUCAGGAGCAGAGCCCCGGCAUCGUCCCAGAGCCGCACCCGCUGCACUACGGGAGCUCGUAGCGACUAUCGCCGACGCGGUUGCAAUUUCAGUGUUUUCGUCCCGCCCUUCAACCCAGACCCGCGCAUCCUGCGUUUGCCUCUGUCCGUCACAAGCCGGCAGAGCCUCGCCCGUGGAAUACCGUCCAGAUGUCAUCCGUUGUGGCAGCAGCAGCGACCGCGCCGAUGGAGGUGAUGGACGGUGUGGGGGAGAUCGAGUACGAAGGUCUCCCGCCGAACGCAGGCCUUGGCGUGAACAUGAUGGCCGGUGCUUUGGCAGGAAUAACAGAACACGCAGUUAUGUUCCCUGUGGAUAGCAUUAAAACGCGAAUGCAAGUCUUCGCGACCUCUCCCGCGGCGGUGUACACGGGCAUCGGGAACGCCUUCACGCGGAUAUCAUCCACGGAGGGUAUGCGGGCAUUAUGGCGUGGUGUUAGCUCCGUUAUCAUGGGUGCCGGGCCCGCACACGCCGUGCAUUUCGGCGCGUACGAGGCCGUAAAGGAGAUGAUGGGUGGAAAUGUGCAAGGCAGCCAGAAUCAGUGGAUAGCGACUUCCCUGGCUGGUGCCUGUGCAACGGUCGCAAGUGAUGCUCUUAUGAAUCCUUUCGAUGUCAUCAAGCAACGAAUGCAAGUCCACGAGUCUCAAUUUCGCUCUGCUUUCACCUGUGCACAGACAGUAUACCGAACAGAGGGUCUAUCAGCCUUCUACGUCUCUUACCCGACAACACUGACGAUGACAGUGCCCUUCACGGCCGUGCAAUUCACCGUGUACGAGCAGAUCAAGUCGUUCCUGAACCCGUCGGGCGUGUACUCGCCUGUGACACAUAUCGUCUCCGGCGGCCUCGCGGGUGCCGUCGCGGGCGCCGUCACGACACCGCUCGACGUUGCGAAGACGCUACUCCAGACACGCGGGACGAGCACGGAUACCGAGAUCAGGUACGCGAGCGGCAUGAAGGACGCGUUCCGGAUCAUCUGGGAGCGCGACGGGCUCAAGGGCUUCGCACGGGGACUUACGCCACGUGUGCUCACGUUCAUGCCCAGCAACGCCCUGUGUUGGCUCUCAUACGAGUUCUUCAAAGCCGCAAUACGCACCGACUAGUGUGUGGCAGACGCCGUAGACUUCUUCUGCUUUGUGCUUCGUUGUUGACAUGCUAUGUUUUCAUGAUCAUAUCCUAUUAUGUUCUCCACGGGGUUUAAUGAUAGGCUAGUCAUGUCCCAUCCUGUCGCAUCUCACAUGGUUUGCACCGACAUCCUACAUGGCCUGAUUAUUGACUAGACUAGAGCUUUGCGUUGGGUGCAGACUAAUACAAAAAGAAACAUAGUAUUGC